AUGGUUACAGCUUGCGUCAAGAUCUUCGAUGUGAAUCCCGAUAUCCUCCGUGCUUUUGCUGGAACUGGUAUCUCCGUCGUCGUUACCGUUCCUAACGGUGAUAUUCCGGCGUUAACUAACGGAAGACAAGCUCGUCGGUGGGUUUCAGCUAACAUUUUGCCGUUUCAUCCUCAGACGAAGAUUAAGUAUAUCUCUGUCGGGAAUGAGAUUUUGCUCACCGGAGAUAAUAACAUGAUUAACAAUCUCUUACCGGCGAUGAGGAAUCUUAACAAUGCUUUGGUUCGUGCUGGUGUCAGAGAUGUUAAGAUAAAGUUUGAAAUCUCUACUUUGAAUCUUCGAGAUUUGGGGGUUUCACGAUUUGGGGAAAUAUCGGGGUUAAUGGGUCAACUAAUCGGGUUGGUUUCAGGGUAA